UCUAUAAAAUCCCACCCAAUCCCACACUAUCACUUCCCCUUCCUCUCCCCCUCUCCUCUCACUAGCAACAUAAAAUUAGGCCAAAAUUAGGGCUUUGAGAUUUUAUUGUUUUCUUCUUCUCAAAAAGAGUUCUUAAUGUUAAGAUUAUUGUUGUGGAUUUCUGAGAUUCAUGUCUGCAAUAAUAAUUCUUAGUGAACUCUUCCUCUCUGGGUUUAUGAUAAAUUCCACAUACAGGCGCAGGACCCAUUUAGUUCAAUCAUUCUCCGUCGUUUUUCUCUACUGGUUUUACUGUAUUUCAUGAUUAAUCUCGCUUCUCUUUAGCUAAUUACUAAUUAAUUAAGCUCUACUACAUAUAUAUAUAUAGUAUACCAAUAAAUAUUCCCCAAUUUUAAUCAACCACUUGAAUUUUAAAAAAAUAAAAAAGAAAUUGAAUUGAAAAUCAAUCUGGUGCCAUGGAUUACUCAUCGAAUUCGUCGUCGGCGGUGGCGAAUUCGGCGUCGGAGGAAGAUCUGCAGCAGACGAUGGAUCUGCGGAAGCGGAAGCGGAUGAUCUCGAACCGCGAGUCGGCGCGCCGGAGCCGGCUCCGCAAGCAGAAGCACAUGGAGGAGCUGAUGGCGCAGGUAGCCGAGCUGCGGCGCCAGAACCACCAGAUCCUCACCAGCCUCCGCGCCACCACGCAGCACCACGCCGCCGUCCAGUCGGAGAACGCCAUCCUCCGCGCUCAGGAGGCGGAGCUGGGCCACCGCCUGCAGUCGCUCGUCGAGAUCAUCGAAUUCACCGGCGGCGGCGCCUACAGCGAGAUUGAUGUCGGCGGCUCGUGGAGCCAGCCGAUUAUGAUGAUGGCGGCUGAUGCGGGCCCCGCGUGUGUGGAUCUGCCUAGACUUUUGUGCUGAAUUGUGGUGGUUAAUUAAAAUGGUUAAUUAUUGUAUUAUGGGGGUGAUUAAUUACUAGCUUCACUUCUUAUAAUUAGCGGUAAUUGAUUAAAUAAAACUAAGGAGUUUUUAGUGGAUUUAGGCUUCUUGUGAUCCAGGCUUAUGUUGUAUUACCAUGUAAGUUUUGAUAAUCGAGGACUUUUGUAAUUGUAACAUGCUCCCUUUUAUUGAAAUCAUACUUCUCUUCUACUA